CUCUAUCCUUAAUUAAUGACGUUCAAGUCUCUUGACCGUUGCCCCAUCUCACCAACCCGUGCCUCUCCCCCUCCUCUCUGCCCGAAAGACAUGGCCUCUACCACCGUUCUGCCCGUGGUGCUGCCCGUCACGGCCUCUCACAAGCAUUCCCACGCCAAGAGUUCCUCCUUCAGGCCACUGCUCGCAAGAUCCGGUCUUCCCACGCUGCCCAAGCUCGCCUCCCCGCCCUCCUCGGGCAAGCCCCUCGGGCAAGAGCUGUCAGUGUCGGGCCUAACGGCGUUAGCUUUAACGGCAGCAAUGGUCGUGCCAGACAUCGCAGAGGCUGCCCAGCCAGGGAUCUCGCCGUCACUGAAGAAUUACCUGCUGAGUAUUGUCGCCGGUGGGGUCGUUCUCGCGGUCCUCGUCGGAGCCGUUAUAGCAGUCGCUAACUUCGAUCCCGUCAAACGAUCUUAGCCAACGGCCACCGUUUUAACGGAUACGGUCCUUGUAUUUCCGGUUUAUAUCGUAGUAACAUGUAAUAUAUAUUAUGGUUUUCUUGGAAUGAAAAUACGGAGAAAUGACGAUA